AAGAUCUCGUCGACCCCGACAGGAGAGAGAGAGAGGGCGGGAGCUCCCUUUCUGUCGAUGGCGAGCCUGAGCGUGCCGCCGGUGCCGACGGACCCGCGGCGCGACGCCGUCGACCUGCACAGGGCGUUCAAGGGGCUCGGCUGCGACAGCACCACGGUGAUCGCCAUCCUCGCCCACCGCGACGCCUCCCAGCGCGCGCUCAUCCAGCACCAUUACAUGGCCAUCUACCACCAGGACCUCCUCCACCGCCUCGCCUCCGAGCUCUCCGGCAACCACAAGAAGGCGGUGCUGCUGUGGGUCCUGGACCCGGCGACGCGCGACGCGGCGAUCCUGCACCAGGCGCUCAACGGCGACGUCACCGACAUGAGGGCCGCCACGGAGGUGGUGUGCUCCAGGACGCCGUCGCAGAUGCGCGUGGUGAGGCAGGCCUACCUGUCCCGGUUCGGCGGCCACCUCGAGCAGCACGUCGCCGCCCGCGCCUCCGGCGACCACCAGAGGCUCCUGCUGGCGUACCUGCGCUGCCCGCGCUACGAGGGGCCCGAGGCCGACCCGGCGGCGGGGGCGCGCGACGCCAGGGAGCUGUACAGGGCCGGAGAGCGGCGGCUCGGCACCGACGAGAGGACCUUCAUCCGCAUCUUCAGCGAGCGCAGCGCCGCGCACAUGGCGUCCGUCGCCGCCGCCUACCACCACAUGUACGACCGCUCCCUAGAGCAGGCUGUGAAGAGUGAAACAUCUGGCAACUUUGGGUUUGGCCUGCUCACAAUCAUCAGGUGUGCCGAGAGCCCGGCCAAGUACUUCGCCAAGGUGCUGCACAAGGCGAUGAAGGGGCUGGGCACGAACGACACGGCGCUGAUGAGGGUGGUGACGACGAGGGCGGAGGUGGACAUGCAGUACAUCAAGGCGGAGUACCACCGGAGCUACAAGCGGUCGCUCGCCGACGCCGUCCACGCCGAGACCUCCGGCAACUAUCGGACCUUCCUCCUCUCCCUCGUCGGCCGCGACCGCUGAUCCUUCAGUUCAGCUUCAGCUGCCACCAUAUCUCAUCCACUUUAUUUACUCCCACUCUGAUCAAGGCGAAAAGAAAAAAAAAAUUUCCCCAGAUGUAGCGGCCACUCUCUGGAUAUAUACAGCUGUUUAUGUAGAAUUUGGGCGCUAUAACUUGUUUGUUAUUCCCUGUUUCUGAUGCUGCUGCUGCUGUUCUUGCACUGCACAAAUUGUUGCAUGUAAGGUAUGUAUGUAUUCUGGAUGGCCAGUUUAUAUAUUUGUGUGAAAUUGAUUUGUAAUUGGCAUCGUGCGUGUGAUGCGAUUGCCAACCAUGCCACGUCAUUGAUAUGUUGGUGUUGCUUUAUUUUAUGGUUUGUUCUU